AAAUGAUGGAUCCGGCCCCUCUGAGGACUCCGGAAGCACCGGACCUCGCGGCGGCACCGGAGAGGGGCUUCGGCCAAGGCCCAGGCCACGCCCUCUGCGCCCCGCGUCUGGCAGAGCUAGGCAGGGCCGCCCUCUAGUGGGGAGCGCGCGGUUAACCGUGAUUACCUCGGCGACACCCGCAUUCCGUCUGCCCUCACCACAAGCCAACCUAGAAACUCCACUGCCUGCCCUGGUUCAUAAAUGUCUCUGAAAGCCAGGGACCUGGCACCACCAUUCAUUCCUUCUCCUUCAACUGCACUGCUCACAUGCCCAUGCUGGAGUUGGUCCACGUGCAGCCACCCACCACCUUCUUCAACCAACCCAGCUUGAGCAGGUGGCAGAAGAUCUAUGUGGGCACGGUGACCUUAAACAGCUUGGCCCGGCUGGAUGCCCUAGCAGUGAACCACUAUGAACUGCAGCUUCGGUUCACAUGUGGCAACAAUGUGACGGAGGGACCACUCUAUGUGGAUGUGUACCGGGACCCUGGCUAUAGCCCGUGCUCUGGCCGAUUUGCCAGCCCAGCUGGGGAAAUCAUUCAGGUUCGGGAAACAGUCACACCUGGGGCCCAGCUGUACACUCUGCUGCUCCCAGGCCUGGAACUCCAGCAUGCCCAGAUAAGCAUUAACAGUGCCCAGGACCCUCCAUACUUCCCUGGACCUUUCUCCAUCAAUGGGCAAGGUUGGCUGCUGGCACCAUCCCAGGGCCUCAAAGGCCAGGCUGGAAAGGUCUUCCAGCUUCAGAUUUUGGUGACCUUUGGCCAAAAUCGAAGCUGCCAUGGGAUGCUGAAGGUGAAAGUUUUGCCUGUUCCCUCCAGUCAGAUCUCCUUCCUGGGGCAGGCCCGGAAUAUCACCAUCCUGGAUGACCUGGCCCCCGGCAGUCAGGUGGUUCAGGUUCGAGCCCGGGGCUUCGACGUGCGCUACGAAAUCCUCUCCCCGGUGCCCUGCCCGCUCUUCUCCAUCGGACGUGGGGACGGUGUGGUCCGCACCACCGCGCCCCUGGAGUUGGCGCAGGCCUGGGGCGCAGCAGUCACUAGGCUGCAGGUGAAGGCCUAUGAGCGGCUCAGGCCGUGGGCCAGCGUUGACCUCGAUCUCACGGUGAAUGUGCGUUCGGUCAACCGCUGGCCCCCGCGCUGCCUCCCAGCGAUGCUCGUGACUGAAAUCCCCGAGACCACGCCGGUGGGCACGGUGCUGAACACCUUCACUUGCACUGAUCCAGACUCUCCUGGCUCCACCCUCAACUACGAGCUGCGGUUCCACAGCCCUCCUGGCCCAGCUAGCCUCUGCCUUCGAGGCAGGGCCUUGGAGGUGAAUGCCACACUGGACUGUGACACUCCUGGGGCCUGCUUUCAGCAUGCAGCCUCCAUCCUGGUGCUCGAUGGUGGUCAGCCCCUGAUGACCACUGAGGUGCCAGUAUUGGUGAUGGUGAUUCCUGUCAAUGAGUUCUCCCCAGCCUGUGUCCCACACACAUUCCGGAUCCGGGAGGAUGCAGGGCCCCACACCCUGCUGGGCUCUGUGGUGGGCACGGACAAGGAUUACCCACACAACAGCAUUGAGUAUGACAUCUCUGGUGGGCCCACCGCCUUCUCUGUGGACCGUCUCAGCGGUACUCCUACCCCAGGGCUGGGAUGGAAGGGUGGAACCAGAGUUGACUGCAAGCUGAGGCUGUGGGCACCUCUUCUAGGGGAAAUUCACCUCCUGGGAUCUUUGGACUAUGAGCUGCAGACAUUGUACAGGCUCACAGUCCUAGUGACUGACCAGAGCCAAGACCAGGACCCCACCAACCGCCGCUCUGGCUCCUGCACCAUUACCAUUGAGGUUGAGGAUGUGAACGACCAUGCCCCCGAGUGUCAGCCCCCAUUUCAGGAACUCACCAUCUACGCUCCCCUGGGCCGUAGUGUGGAGGUGACCAAGGUGUCCUGUUGGGUUCCUCAGGAGCCACAGCGUCUGGUCUUUUCCUACAGCAUCGUGGGAGGGAAUAGUCAGAGCCGAUUCAGCCUGCAAGGACCCAUCCUGGUGCUCAACAACAUGUUGGGGCCCCCCUGGCCAGAGCAGCCCCAUACUCAUGAGCUAUUGAUCCGGGUGGCUGACGCGGGUCGCUCCAUUCCCCACCUCAGCGCCACAGCCACUGUCAUUGUGCAUCUCGUUCCUUGGAGCACCAGCACAGCGGCCACCCGCACCCGCAGCGCUGCAGUGACUUCAGUGACGACACCCCUGCUUGUGACAGACACGGAGGCUUUCUGGCAGCCGGAACCCUGGUUUGUGGUGGUGCUGACCGUGACCAGUGCCCUCUUUCUCUUGGCUCUAGGCUGGCUCUUCAGCAGGCUCUUCCAGGGGUUGGCCCAGAUGCUACAGACACCAAGAAAACCAGCCCAGGCUCUGCUACUGAACAGUAUCCAGGGAACUGAGGAAUCCAUUGAGGGGUUCAUGGAGGCACCAAGGAUGGAGAUGCCCCAGACACCUAGCAGUGCCAUGAGCCUGCAGCUCUUUGAUGGCAGAGCACAGGACUCCCGUGAGUCCCCCUCUUCCCAAACCACUCUCCACCUGGGUCCACUUUCUCUCUUCAGCCCAUCUCAGCAUCUCCUUUCACCACCAGGCAACCACUAUUUACUCUUUCCCUGAAUGGGGUCUGUUCUCACCCCCAUUCGCAUUUCAGCCAACGUUUCUCAAACACCCGUUGGACCAGAAGGUGACUCAGACCUGGUCUGGUUCCUGCCUAUGGCAGAAACAGUGGUGAGGGAAGAGGCCCUCAGAUAUUACACUGUCAUCAGUGAUUUAUGGCAGAGUGAUCUGGCACUGGGCUUAGGGGGGCUGGUGUCCAGUUUGUGGGAAUCAAGGAUGCUUCCCUGUGCAUUUGAGCCAGACUUCACAGGAUUGCUGAGAAAGGAGGGAGGAGGGGACAGGUUGGAUCAAGGAGAAGGAGGGUCUCACCAAGGGUUCUGGAAUGUCUUCCCCUACCUUUAAGGGAAGGAGGCUGUUCUGCUGAGGCCAGCAGUGCCCUCUCUCCCUCCUGUUCAUCCGAGCUUAGGUACAGGCAGAGAUUACCUGUUCAACACGCUCACGGGAGCCCGGCGCUGGCUCUGAGGCCAAGAAGCGGCUUCACUAUGCGUGGAAUUUCUUUUUCCCAUGAUCAUGGGCUGAGUCUUCAAGUUGAUUCAACAAUAAACAAAAUUACAAACAGAAGAGUCCCAGCCUUGAAACCCACCUGUGGGAGAAGCUCUGGAAUCUGUGCUUCCUUGUUCUCAUUUGGAGAGGGCCUUGCCGCCGGGAACACUCUAGGGAGUAGUAGGAUUAUUUUUCUUUUGAGAAGGCAUUGUAUGAUGCUCUGCCUGACCAUGAUUAACGCCAAGAUAAGAGGCUGUUAUCCUUGCUAGGGACAUAGGAGGCCUCCAAUCAGGCCGUCCCUUCAGAGACCACCUGCUCUAGCGGAUGGGGAGGGCCAUUUCCCGCUGAACAGAGGAUAUUGUUGCUGCUUGAGGGCCCUUACCAACCUCCAGUGCCAUUUGCAGACUGUGUGUGGAGGUGUUCUUGGGUAGGACCUGGAACUUUUUCACUGAGGUGAGAGUUGGUGCAGACUUGAGAACCCUGUGGCAAGGAUGACCAUGGAGGGAUUGAUGGUAGCCCUCUUCUGACAGGAUAUUCCCACUUAUUCCUGAUCUGUUUCUUCUGGUUUCUUGGCCCUCAGCCCUCCCAAUGCUGAGCUGAGCUGAGCCAUUGCACAUAGCCAGGUGGCCUACAAUAACCUGCAGGAGUGCAGGUUCUAUUGGAUGCAGUGCUAGCUCACUCCCCUUGCCGGGCCUGGAUUCAGGUCUCAGGUUACUGCCAGCUCUCCAAGAGGAUCUGCUCUCUGGGUAGAGGCUACCUUUACUGAGAUAGCCCUAAGUUCUUUCAAUACUCUCCCCUCUGCCAAGUCUGUGAACCUGAACCCUCUCAGGGCAAUGGAGGACCUCCCUCCCUAAGCCAGUUAUGCUGUCCCAGGUCGGGGAAGAAGCUGAGUGCCUUCUGUAGGAAAAACAUGCUUCAUG